CCGCCCGGCCGUCUUGGAAGCGCCCGGCGCCUGCAAGCGGAGGAGGGCGGCGCCAGCGCGGAGCUCCGCCGGCGGGUGACGAGCGCAGGCCGCUGUCGCAGGCCGAAGGAGGCCGGCGAAGGGAGCAGGAGGCGGCGCCAGGAGGAGGAGGCCGCAGGCGCGCCGUGCGCCAUGGAAGUGAAAGAUGGAAAUGCAGCUCUUCUCAGCAAUUACGAGGUGUAUAAGCUGCUGACUGAUCUUAAACAGCAGCGUCGAGAGACCGGGAGAAGCAAGCACAGUGCUGGCCAGCAGAAUCUGAACACGAUCAUGUAUGAAACACUGAAAUACAUAUCAAAGACGCCAUGCAAAUUCCAGAAUCCUGAGGUUGUAAGAGACUUCCUCAUAGCGCUGAAAAGCCACAAAUUAACCAAGGCAGAAAAACUGCAGCUUCUCAACCACAGGCCUGUGACUGCCGUUGAGAUCCAGCUGAUUGUGGAGGAAAGCGAGGAGAGGCUCACUGAAGAGCAGAUCGAAUCCCUCCUGCAGACCGUCACCAGAACCCUCCCUGGAGACCCAGAGCAAGAAGAACAGCAGGGGUCAGCCAUGGCUGUGGAGGAGGAAGGGGAGCAGGCCUACUUGGAAGGGUAUCCUGGACCACGUGGGCAGCCUUGCCCAAAUCUCAGCAGCCAACCACAGUGAUGUCGCUCUGCAGCUUGUUUCAUGCCUCGUUGCUUAUAUGCACCAUGAGAGCAACAAUUGCUAACAACCGAAUUCUCAGCGAACGCCAUUCUUGCAUUCAUGUUUUGUGAGCUGUAAGUGGGAUAAGAAAACUGAAUUUGACCCAACAGCGGCCGAUGCCGUGGCUGGCUCCUCUUCUACUCCUCUGAGUAAGAUUUACACCCGGCUGGCCUACUAAUUACAGUCGCUUUCUGGUGCUUCUGAACAGCCCAACGUGUUCUGCAAAAUAUAUCUUGCAGUGGACUGCAAAA